CAUCCCAGUUGUGAUUUGUCUUUGCAAUAGAUUACGACGAGAUCAAAACCACCUUGUUCUCUGAAUUUAUUUACUAGUCUCGCGUCGCGUCACAUCCAAACCGAUAUCUUGUUCCCUAGGCAGGCCCUAGGCAUCUCUCAUCAUGGCCUCCACCUGCAUCGCCAACCGCACCACCAUCCUGGCCGAACACUCCGCCCCAGGAAGCUCCUCAACCUCCGCCUCAUCCCUCGCCUCCAUCAUCCUCCCCAAGAUCACCCACGACAAAUGCCAGAAGCUCACCUUCACCCACGACCGCCUCUUCGUGCACUACAUCGCCGACUCGCCCACAGGGUCCACCGAAGACAUCAGCCGCCAGGAGGUCAACUCCUACGCCCCGCUGAGCUUCAUCGUCGUCGCAACCGCCGAACAAGGCCGCCGCAUCCCCUUCGCCUUCCUCCUCGAAAUGAAGCGCAAGUUCCUAGCCGCCUACCCCCCCAACACCACGGACUUCUCCUCCCUCCCCGCUUACGGCUGCGCCGCUUUUAAUACCGACCUGCGCGCGCUGCUCCAGACGUAUAAUACCGCCCCGCCGUCUGACUCGCUUGCCUCUGCCCGUCGCGAAAUCGAUAGCGUGCGUGAUAUUAUGACGGAGAAUAUUGAGCGAGUGCUGGAGCGCGGCGAGCGCAUCGAUCUGCUUGUUGAUAAGACGGAUCGGUUGGGCGGCAAUGCGCAUGACUUCCGCCUGCGGAGUCGUGGGCUGCGGAGGCGUAUGUGGUGGAAGAAUAUUAAGCUCAUGGUGCUGCUGGUUGUGGUCGUUAUCUUCCUCAUGUACCUGUUUGUGGGCAUGGGGUGCGGACUGCCGGCCUGGGGUAGGUGUGUGGGCCACAGUGAGUAAAGUAUGCUGUGCAAUGUGCAUGGGGUUUUAAUCUUUUUGCUCACGUUGAUGCUAAGUGCUUGGUCUGUUUGUUUGAUCGUGAUCGCGAUUUCCAUAGCGCGGUGGGAAUACCGUUCCGCCGAUUCAGUUCGUGAUAUCCGCAUUUUCGCAAGUUAGCUGGUUGGUCUUUUCUUUGUAUUAUAACGUCGAUAUUCACCAGUCCCAUUCAAGGAUGGCGAGAGAUUACAC